UGUAUAUGAGCAGGUCUUCUUUAGCCUAGCCCAUACUGUAGAAAAACAUGGGGAAGCUUGGGGAGUUUGAAAUCGCGUUUGACAAAAACAAAGUGGUCUACAGUCCCGGGGAGUCCAUUUCCGGGACCGUGACAGUCAACAUUAACCAGCCGCUUCAAUGCAAAGCAAUCAAAGUGAACUGCAACGGUUUCUGUGGUAUCACCAGUAAAGUGAAUGACACAGCAUGGACAGUGGAGGAGCAGUACUUCAACAACUCUGUCUCCGUGGCAGACAAAGGAACCCUGAAACUGGGAGAGCACACGUUUCCCUUCAAGUUUCUCAUACCAGACACUGCUCCAACAUCGUUUGAAGGCAACUACGGACGGAUCAUUUACAGAGUGAGGGCUUUUAUUGACACGCCACGAUUUUCUAAAGACUACAGCACGGAGAAGCAGUUUUACCUGCUAAGGCUUCUGAACCUGAAUGAAGUGCCAGAUAUAUGGGGAGUGUCCUCUUCUGCAAUAACCCAACAAUUCACCUACAUGCUGGUGAAAACGGGGACAGUUGUCCUUAAUGCCCACACAGACAUGAAAGGCUACACACCCGACCAGAUCAUCCAGCUGAAGGUCAACAUCCAUAACCAAUCCGGGAAGACCACAGGCAACAUAGCUGCCAGCCUGGUACAGAGAGUGACCUAUGAGACAAAGAAGCCCACUCAUGAUGUGAAAACCAUAGCAGAGGUGGAGGGUGGCGCAGUGAAGGCUAAUAAGGAGGUGGAGUGGAAAGAACAGAUCAUCAUUCCUCCUCUUCCUCAGUCCUCCCUAUCGGGCUGUGAACUCAUUAAGAUAGAAUAUUACAUCAAAGUCAGCCUGAAGUCACCUGACGUCAUGCUGACAUUACCCAUCCAAAUUGGGAAUGUCUCACUCGACAAAAAGAAGCGUCCCACCAAAAAGUCUUCUCCUCCUUCUUCGACUGACGGCACAUCGGCCUCCGCUCUACCGGCAGACACCACUGCCUCUCCUUCACCCACACAGCCCCGUUCCCAGGCCCCCAAACCCGCCCCUCGCCCCGCUCCCCGCUCCAGGACGUCGACGCACAGUUCCCCCAGUGCCCCGCCUGCCGAGCACCUCCACGUGCCGGAAAGCGGGACCCCGACCAAUGAAGACCUCGGCAGCAAACGCCAGUCUCAACUCGUGUCGCCUAACGCCUUCAGCUACGCGCCAGGUCUUUUUUUCCCCCAGAACCAGUCACCCAAUCCGGUGGCUGCCGCGGCACCCAGUGCCCCAGAAUUUAGCGGCUCUGCGAGGCCCUUGCCACUUUAUCCCACGGUACCCGGGGCCAGUUCAAUGCCACCAGACUAUGGCACAUCAGCUUACCCACAAGAUGCCCCUCCCUCUUAUGACGAGAGCUGCAACACAUGACGUGGAUGAAGAAAGGAAUGCCGGGACAGAGAUCAGUUCAAAUAUUUUUAAGAGAAAAUUCUUGAGUGAAGUCGAAGCCUUCGUCACGUACCAUACAGCUGCACUUCCAAAAUAAGAGUCCUGUCAUUUUAAAAUGUCGAAACCGAUUUGAAUUGAAUUACAAUAGCAUCUCUGUAUGUUUAAAGAAAUGAAGCCGGACUGACCUCAACUCUCACGCUCUCUACCGAAGUAAGAAUGUUGCGUGGUUGUCUUUUCUAAAUCCAACUACAGCUGUUCACAGAUCUUAUUUAGUAUCAUGCAAUAGUUCACUUUUUGCACUUUUGAAAAUAGAUGUUCACAUAAUUUAAUUUUAUAUUCUUUUGACAGUCAAGUUUUUAUAUGACAGCUUUUUGUUGUAAGUGAAGGAAAAAGUUUUUUUGAUCCGAUGCCAAAAAAAAUCCCUACUGCAAAAAUGUUUAGCAUAAACGGGUAGUCUUUUAAAGAAAUUUGUAGCUUUUUUCUGUUUUUCUUUUUUUUUAAAUUGGUUUUAAGUAAUAUAACUAUAGAAAUCAUCCAGGAUUUAUACUGCAUGUGAUUUUCAGAGGACACAUACCUAUUAUAGCAACUGUAGAUCUCUAUAUUGUUUAAUAAUUGGACCUUUUUGGAUCAAACAAUAACAACUGCUGAUUUAUUUUCCUACCAUUUCUGAAUGUGUACUCUUUUUGGCAUUGAUUUCUAUUAGUUGUUGCAAAAUAAUGCUGUAAAAUCCCUGUGAUCUUUUUUUUAAAUUUGGUUAUUCAAUAUGUAGUUCACCUC